GCUCUCGCGUCUGGCCGGGGAGGGGGCGCCCUCCCCGGCAGCCCGAGCCUUCCUGCGCGCGCCGCGGCGCGGGAACUGUUAUCGGCUCGUAAACAACAGCUGCGCGCGCACCCGCAUCAGCUGGCGCCGGGAUUCCGCACCUGCGACCUCCUCCUCGCCUUCUGUCCCUCCUGCUCAGCCAGGGCCAGCCUGCGAGGCCGUCUCCUCCGCUGCUGGGACCCGAAGGAAGAGGGGCGAGGGGCUGACCUGCGCCGGGGCCCUGGAAGGGGAGAAAGCAUCUCCCGGCAGAGGGUGGCGGGUCUUGUCACACUGCCGGCCAUGGGCUCGAUGGACUAGCAACGAGCUGCCACUACCGUGAGCUGCAGUCCGAGUCGUCUCCAUCGGCUAGCCGCCUCCUCACAGAUCCCAGGGACGUUUUUUGCCAGAAGAGCGGGCGGGCCACCCCGGCAGACCUCUCAGAGGCUGGAAUCCGCUCUGCCCCUGCUUCCUCCUCUGCUCACCCUGCUCUGCUCAUUCUCCUCCAUCUAGUAGUAUAGGGUAUUUUUCCCGUUAUGCAUGCGCACCUCUCCCGCCAGACCCAAGUGGAUUAUCGGCCUCAGAAACAUCGGGUGGCUCUGCACACACCUCCUCCCAGCCAGACCUGCGGAGUAUUCACCUGAUACACAACAGGUGGCCGGUGUACACAGUUUCGCAAUCUGAUCUAUGCUAUAUUUGCCUGGUAAGGUGGGCUUGCGCGCGCUUUGCUCAACUAGAACCGUGGGACAUUUGCCAGAUAAAGGACUGACUACCUCGGCCGAAACCUGGGGUUCAGGAGGAGAAAGGCUUCACCUGCUUCUCUGAGACCAUGGCACGGAGCCCGCAGCCGUGGACCAGGGGAGAUAGCUAGGUAGCUCCUCAUUCUGAGGGAACGAAGUUACACGAGAUUGGCAUCAUUUUGUCGGUUUUUUUUAAAAUAUCUUUCAGCUACUGGUGGUGGACUUAGAGGACAAUCUGCUUGAAUUUUGAGGAAAAGGAAUCUUAUUUGGGGCUUUUUGUGUGGUGUCAAGGUUUUUUUUAAAAAAAGUUAUCUUUUCUAUUUUUGCAAGCAAAAGUAGCUAGCGUAGGAGGAAGGAUUUUGCGGGGUUUUCCUUUUUUCUUUGUCCUUAUAAAGGAAAGGAAAAGGAAAAAUGCAUCCUCCAGAAACCACCAGCAAGAUGGCUUCAGUUCGGUUCAUGGUGACACCAACAAAGAUCGAUGACAUUCCAGGUUUGUCAGACACCAGCCCGGACCUCAGCUCUCGAUCCAGUUCCCGAGUAAGAUUUAGCUCCCGGGAAAGUGUGCCUGAAACAAGCCGUAGUGAGCCCAUGAGUGAGAUGUCUGGAGCCACCACCUCACUGGGAACUGUUGCACUGGAUCCAGCCAGUGACCGGACUUCUAACCCCCCGGAUGUUACUGAAGACCCGAGUCAGAACUCCAUCACAGGGGAACACAGCCAGCUGUUAGAUGAUGGGCAUAAGAAAGCUCGAAAUGCUUAUCUCAAUAAUUCCAAUUAUGAAGAAGGAGAUGAAUAUUUUGAUAGAAACUUGGCACUCUUUGAGGAGGAAAUGGACACCAGACCAAAGGUGUCAUCUCUCCUCAGCCGCAUGGCCAAUUAUACCAAUCUAACACAAGGAGCAAAGGAACAUGAAGAGGCGGAGAACAUCAGUGAAGGGAAAAAGAAGCCCACCAAGAUCCCCCAAAUGGGUACUUUCAUGGGUGUCUACCUCCCGUGUCUACAGAAUAUUUUUGGAGUGAUCCUGUUUCUACGCCUUACAUGGGUGGUGGGCACAGCUGGAGUUCUUCAGGCCUUUGCGAUUGUCCUUAUCUGCUGCUGCUGUACAAUGUUGACUGCUAUCUCCAUGAGUGCCAUUGCCACUAAUGGAGUGGUACCAGCUGGGGGCUCAUACUUUAUGAUUUCCCGGGCACUGGGCCCAGAGUUUGGCGGGGCUGUUGGCCUCUGCUUUUACCUUGGUACCACAUUUGCAGCAGCCAUGUAUAUCCUUGGUGCCAUUGAAAUUUUUCUGGUAUACAUUGUACCCCGGGCUGCCAUCUUCCGUAGCGAUGAUGCACUCAAGGAAUCAGCAGCCAUGCUAAAUAACAUGCGUGUCUAUGGCACAGCCUUCUUGGUCCUCCUGGUAUUGGUGGUAUUCAUCGGCGUACGCUAUGUGAACAAGUUUGCCUCACUUUUCCUGGCCUGUGUCAUUGUGUCCAUCUUGGCCAUCUAUGCUGGAGCCAUCAAGUCUUCUUUUGCCCCUCCGCACUUCCCGGUCUGCAUGCUGGGUAACCGCACCCUUUCAUCACGACACAUUGACAUUUGCUCUAAGACCAAGGAAAUUGGCAACAUGACAGUGCCAUCAAAGUUAUGGGGCUUCUUCUGUAACUCAAGUCAAUUUUUCAAUGCUACCUGUGAUGAAUACUUUGUUCACAAUAAUGUUACUUCAAUCCAGGGCAUACCUGGAUUGGCUAGUGGUGUCAUUACAGAGAACCUUUGGAGUAAUUAUCUACCAAAAGGAGAGAUCAUUGAAAAGCCUUCAACCAAAUCUUCCGAUGUCUUAGGCAGCUUAAGCCAUGAGUAUGUCCUUGUUGACAUCACUGCCUCUUUCACUCUUCUGGUGGGAAUCUUCUUUCCCUCUGUCACAGGUAUCAUGGCUGGAUCAAACAGAUCUGGAGAUCUGAAAGAUGCUCAAAAGUCUAUUCCCAUUGGCACUAUCCUUGCCAUCUUGACCACCUCCUUUGUCUAUUUAAGCAAUGUUGUCCUUUUUGGUGCAUGUAUUGAAGGCGUUGUUCUCAGAGACAAGUUUGGGGAUGCUGUGAAAGGUAAUCUGGUGGUGGGUACCUUAUCUUGGCCAUCCCCGUGGGUGAUUGUUAUUGGCUCCUUCUUCUCAACAUGUGGGGCUGGACUUCAGAGUCUCACAGGUGCACCGAGGCUACUGCAGGCUAUAGCCAAGGAUAACAUCAUACCCUUUCUCAGGGUUUUUGGUCACAGCAAAGCCAAUGGCGAACCUACCUGGGCUUUACUUCUAACUGCUGCCAUUGCAGAGCUGGGAAUCCUUAUCGCCUCCCUGGAUCUUGUGGCCCCAAUUCUUUCCAUGUUUUUUCUUAUGUGUUACCUCUUUGUGAACUUGGCAUGUGCCUUGCAGACAUUACUUCGAACACCCAACUGGAGACCCCGGUUCCGCUAUUACCACUGGGCCCUCUCUUUCAUGGGAAUGAGUAUCUGUCUGGCUCUGAUGUUCAUUUCUUCCUGGUAUUAUGCCAUCGUAGCUAUGGUAAUAGCUGGUAUGAUCUACAAGUACAUCGAGUACCAAGGAGCUGAGAAAGAAUGGGGUGACGGUAUCCGUGGUCUGUCCCUAAGUGCAGCCCGGUUUGCUUUGCUUCGGCUGGAGGAAGGACCUCCACACACUAAAAACUGGAGGCCUCAGUUGCUUGUAUUACUGAAACUGGAUGAAGACUUACACGUCAAGCAUCCUCGCCUCCUCACCUUUGCUUCACAGCUUAAAGCAGGAAAGGGUCUUACUAUCGUGGGCUCUGUCAUCGUGGGGAACUUCCUGGAAAACUAUGGUGAAGCUUUAGCUGCUGAGCAGACCAUAAAGCACCUAAUGGAGGGAGAGAAAGUGAAAGGAUUCUGCCAGUUGGUGGUGGCCGCCAAGCUGAGAGAGGGCAUUUCCCACCUCAUCCAGUCAUGUGGCCUUGGGGGCAUGAAGCAUAACACAGUGGUGAUGGGAUGGCCUAAUGGCUGGCGCCAGAGUGAAGAUGCUCGAGCUUGGAAGACUUUUAUUGGCACAGUUCGAGUGACAACUGCUGCCCAUCUGGCCCUGCUAGUGGCUAAAAACAUCUCCUUCUUUCCCAGCAAUUUGGAGCAGUUUUCUGAGGGCAACAUUGAUGUGUGGUGGAUUGUGCAUGAUGGGGGGAUGCUCAUGUUAUUACCAUUUCUACUUAAACAGCACAAGGUGUGGCGAAAAUGCAGCAUACGGAUCUUCACAGUUGCCCAACUGGAAGACAAUAGUAUUCAGAUGAAGAAGGACCUGGCCACCUUCCUCUAUCACCUGCGCAUUGAGGCAGAGGUGGAAGUGGUGGAAAUGCACGACAGUGACAUAUCAGCUUAUACUUAUGAGCGCACCCUAAUGAUGGAACAAAGGUCCCAGAUGCUCCGGCAAAUGCGACUAUCCAAAACAGAGCGGGACAGAGAGGCACAGUUGGUGAAAGAUCGGAACUCAAUGCUACGAUUGACCAGCAUUGGCUCUGAUGAGGAUGAAGAGACAGAAACCUAUCAGGAGAAGGUGCACAUGACUUGGACGAAAGACAAGUACAUGGCAUCCCGGGGGCAAAAGGCUAAGUCAAUGGAAGGAUUCCAGGAACUGCUUAACAUGCGUCCGGACCAGUCCAAUGUGAGGCGGAUGCAUACAGCAGUGAAGCUCAACGAGGUUAUAGUUAACAAGUCCCAUGAAGCAAAGCUGGUUUUGUUGAAUAUGCCAGGGCCACCUCGAAACCCUGAGGGUGAUGAGAACUACAUGGAGUUCCUAGAAGUGCUCACUGAGGGACUAGAGCGAGUCCUCCUUGUCCGAGGUGGUGGCAGUGAAGUGAUCACCAUUUAUUCCUAAUCUACUCCUGAAUGACUUUACAUGACCUCACCUUUCCUAAAAGGCUUCUAACCUCCAUGGAAGAGCCAGCUCUUUACCACCACUCCCAUCAACUAGAGGCCUGUGUUCUGUAUACAUCACACCGAACUCUUGACAAGCUGAGCCUCAAGUACUUGUGCAAAAAAGUACAAAUAGAUUGCUCUUUGCUUCCACAUGAUCUGCUGUCCUUACAGAAGCAAAUAUUCCCUCAACAUCAGAACAAUGGUCAGGUCCUAAAAGCCAUGUCUGUACCAGUUGAAGGCAAGUUAGGAUUAACUAGCUAAAUCAAUAAAAUGAAUUGGCAAAAGGGAUGCUAGAAAUUCAACUCAAGACAAAAAGCAAGUACAUAUCCAGCAUUAAAGACGAGUCUCAGAAGUCAUGAUUCAAUAAUGACACCAUGGGGGUGACAGCCAGAGACACAGCCUCAUCAUAACUCAUGACCAAGUAUAGGGGACCUAGCAUUCUUAUGGAGGUAACCUGUGGCAAGCCAAGAUGAAAAACUUUUUUAGCUAAUUUUCUUUAGUGCAUCCACUGCUCUCUAGAGCUCUAAUUUUAUAUUAGGGUACUAAUAUAAAAAACUAAAACAUGGCUGCAGCCUCUACUUCUUCCUCCAAAACAAGAUUCCCCCAAAAUACCAGGUUUAAGUACACAUAUUGUGUGGUGUAUAUUUCAGCUGUUUCUCAAAACCCAUUCUGUGAUUAAGAUUGUAACAUAGACAGUGUUACCAUGGAAAUUAUUUUUUAAAAGGUGGAGUAAAAAUAAUUUCUUUCAGGUUCUUUUCAAAUGGCCAAACUAAGGGAACUCCAAAAAGUAGCUAUUAAGAUUUACUGAAAUACAGUCUGUGGUUACCUAUGUGACAUGGGCAAAACAUACAAGCUGUUACUUAAGAAAAACAGAUGCUGGUGCACAGUGACCAAUAGGUUCUCCUUUCCUUCUCCCUUUUAAUGCCCUCUGGGUUUGUAGGCACAAGUCCAAAAUCAUAGGAACAAACACUAGGAAGACUGGCUAAAAUCCUUCCCUAAGAGCUUUAGACUGUCUUUUAAAGGGAGAAUCCAGCAAUGGAAUUCAAAGUUCUAGAGCCAUAUUCCUUCCAGAGUACCAAAGUUACUGAGCUGCUGCUAUUCUCCUUAACUAUGUCACUUAACUAAGUGGCAUACAGUUGGCAUUGUCCUAAUUCAAGAAAGUUUUCUUUCACUAAGAAACCUGUGGACUCGUUUCCAAAGCCAUAGCAAAGACUUGAGGCACCCACCUAAAUGCCCAGAGUAUGAGCAUUUUUCUUUUUCCUUCAAUUUCAUUCUUCAUUCUGCCUGCAGAAGCUUGGCUCUGAACUAAGAAAUUAUCCAAGCCAAUAGACUUCUGCUGUUUCAGUUUUGUUUUCUGAAAGCUCUAAAUGUGUCAAGGAAAUACUUGUGCCAGCUUAGCUUUUUAUUUACUAAUUUACUGAUUACAAAACACCUGGCUUUCAAGCAUAGGAAAAACUACCCUGUGUGGCAGAGUGGUAAUUUCAAAGAUGUGAAAUCUUUCUUUUACAGGAUAGCUAUAUAGAAAAACUAUCUUGCCUGUAUUCAUGGCUGCUUUUCAAUUUCACUAUAUUAUUUAUAAAUAGUGCCACUCUUUUUUGAUUACCCAACAGGAUAUGGGGCAAGCUGACCUGUGUGCCAGCAGACUGUUCAUUUGACCCUUAUGGACAAAGGAGAAAUAUGGCUUAAGAAAUUGAGUUAUUUUGAUUUUGCUCUUCUUUCAACGUCCAGGCUCAGGGUAGCAAAGCAGACAAGAUCUGUCAGUCUUUUUUUCCUGCUCCUUCCUGCAGAAGGUAGAAGCAUUGUUUACAACUUCUAUUGCAACACUCCAUUGCUUAGUUGAGUCCAGCAGUAGUGGGACCGGUCCCCUAUGACCCAAGAUAUCAAAGACCCAUGCUCUAAAGGUCAGCCUGCCCAGGAAUUCCUCUACAUUCACACACACCCUCUGGCCCAAGUGAUAAUUAUAGGUACAUUUUCCUCCAUAUAGAAAAAAUAUGAGCAGAAAAUAAAGUUAGUUUUACAAGAGAUUUUUGUGGUAGGAGCUCUGUAAGAAUCCUUUAAAGGGAUAAAAGAAUUAGUGGCUACUAACAGAGCCACUACUUCAGCCCCUAAAACACAAAAUCACCAUUACAUUGGGAAAAUGGUUGUUAGGCCAGACUUAAGGUCAUCUUUGUCCUGAGCAUUUCAUGUUUGUGCUGCUUAUGUCUGUCUUUAAAAUGUCUUGUCUCUUAAUCACUGCAAAUAAAGCAAUACCGAAAACCUGAGACAGAAUGCACCUUAGGGGAAGGGGCUUUGUGUUUCAAGAGGGAAGAGAAAGGAAAGACUUCCUCCUGCCUUUUGAAUAAGAUCUAGCUUUUAAGUCUUGGCUAUGACUUUACCAGGGCAGGUUAUAAUAAUAUCCAUUCUCUAACUGCUGGCCCUCUGCCUUCUAUAGCUAUCUUAAAAGCUGACGUUUGGAUUGUGCAGCAUCUGUUUGACAGGUGCCAGGUUCCUCUUGGCAGGGGAAAGAUCACUUUGUAUCUUCCGUUGCCUCAGAUUCCUGUGGUCCCAACAAUCCCACCAAUCUUCAUUCCCCCUAAAUGUGUUAAAAAUCCAUUAUUGUGGAUAUUAAAGUAGCAGUUACGCUGUAAGCCUAUUUUUGUGCUCUUUUUGUCUGGUUUAUUUUUCUUUUCAUCAUGUAUAAUCUGAAUCCAGCAUUAGUUUCUCACAUCUUCCACAAGUGUCUCCAACAGAAUUUUUAUGUCCCAGCUUAUGUAAAAUAGAAGUGAAAUAUUAAGGCAAAAUAGAUUUAAGGGAAACUUGUGCAACUUUUUUUUUAAGCAUUAUUCUCCAUUUAAUUUAUUGAAAGGAGAUGCUGCUGUAAAUCUUGAUUUAGCAGCAACCAUUCUUUUGUUUACAUAGAGUUGUGGUUUUAUUUGUUGUUUUGCUCUGUACUGGAAACAUAAAUAAAGUUUUCUACAUUA